ACCUCGUCUGGCUCCCAGCUCCGGCUCGGGGGCGCACGCCUGUGUUCGCCGCUCUCUUCGCUUCCUCUGGGCGCCGCCAACCUAGCUCCGGGUCCUUUUCGCUUUUCUCCCUCUGCCUCAGGCGAGUGACAGCAAGGACAUGUCUCGGGAGCUGCAGGACGUGGACCUCGCCGAGGUGAAGCCUUUGGUGGAGAAAGGGGAGACCAUCACUGGCCUCCUGCAGGAGUUUGAUGUUCAGGAGCAGGACAUCGAGACUUUGCAUGGCUCCAUGCAUGUCACGCUGUGUGGGACCCCCAAGGGGAACCGGCCUGUCAUCCUUACCUACCAUGACAUUGGGAUGAACCACAAAACCUGCUACAACCCUCUCUUCAACUCCGAGGACAUGCAGGAGAUCACCCAGCACUUUGCCGUCUGCCACGUGGACGCCCCCGGCCAGCAGGAUGGCGCUGCAUCCUUCCCCACGGGGUACAUGUAUCCCUCCAUGGACCAGUUGGCUGAGAUGCUCCCUGGAGUCCUGCAGCAGUUUGGGCUGAAGAGCAUCAUUGGAAUGGGAACUGGAGCAGGUGCCUACAUCCUCACUCGAUUUGCUCUCAACAACCCCGAGAUGGUGGAGGGCCUUGUGCUCAUCAACGUGAACCCGUGUGCGGAAGGCUGGAUGGACUGGGCGGCUUCCAAGAUCUCCGGAUGGACCCAAGCCCUUCCAGACAUGGUGGUGUCGCACCUCUUCGGGAAGGAGGAAAUGCAGAAUAACGUGGAGGUGGUCCACACCUACCGCCACCACAUCGUGAAUGACAUGAACCCUGGCAAUCUGCACCUGUUCAUCAACGCCUACAACAGCCGGCGGGACCUGGAGAUCGAGCGGCCAAUGCCUGGAGCCCACACGGUCACCCUGCAGUGCCCUGCUUUGUUGGUGGUUGGGGACAGUUCUCCUGCUGUGGACGCUGUGGUGGAGUGCAACUCGAAACUGGACCCAACGAAGACCACUCUCCUCAAGAUGGCAGAUUGCGGUGGCCUCCCACAGAUCUCUCAGCCUGCCAAGCUGGCCGAGGCCUUCAAGUACUUCGUGCAGGGCAUGGGAUACAUGCCCUCCGCCAGCAUGACCCGCUUGAUGAGGUCUCGCACAGCCUCAGGCUCCAGUGUCACGUCCCUGGAGGGCGCCCGCAGCCGCUCACACACCAGUGAGGGUGCCCGCAGCCGCUCACACACCAGCGAGGGCACACGGCUGGACAUCAUCCCCAACUCCGGCGGCCCCGGGAGCAGCGCCGGGCCCAACUCCACGGAGGUGUCCUGCUAGGCGGCCUCGGGGCCGGCCGGCAGCCCCUGGACUCUGGGACCGAUUGCUGUAGCUGCCCCUCCUCCGGCCCCCCUCCCCACCCCUGCCUGCCAACCGCACGUUAACUCGUAACUCGGUAUUAAUCCAAAGCUUAUUUUGUACAAGUGAGCUCUGGUGAUGACACAGUGAGAUUGGGUGUUUGUGGGGUCGCCCUUUCCCAGGAGGGCAGGGCGGGGUGGACCAAAGGGAAAGAUGCACCUCAGUGUUCCCCCCAAACAAGGGGCUGAGAGGCCACCCUCCUACCCUCCUUUGGAGACGCCAAACUGCCAGAAACCAGCGCAAAGUAGACACUCGAUCCAUCCAAGGCUCGCCUGGCCGGAGCAUCCUGGCGCAAAGGGACACCUUGUUGGAAGCCCAGCCUGCCUACUUCCUGUUUCCUCUCCAACUAAAGAAAAAACAGACCCAUAUUCUGGAAACCAAGCCCUUUCUGAAUGGGGAGGGGGAGAGUAGGGAGUAAUGGGGAGCUCUUUUUAAAAAAAAGGCCAAACAGGAAGCAGGGAGAGAGGUGGAAUUGACGCAGAGGCUCCGAAGUAUUUGGAAAAAGCAAAUCUCCAUAGUUAACUUGAAGAAAUAGAUUUUUUUUCAACGUUUGUGCAUAUAUACACUUUUUAUGGUUGAUGCCUACAAGCCUGUUUUCCUGGCAUUUUUUAAUGGACAACAGAAGUAGGUAACAACAUCUUCCAGUUUUUCAAAGAAACGGUCUUGGCAGGAGUUUGGUAUGUGUGUUUAAGGCUUUGAAUCAGCUGCCUGCCUCCCCCACCAUCGCCCUUACUUCCCACCCCUAAUACAUGAACCAGUGGUGAUUUCAUUCAUGGGGAAGAGUGCAUAGAUUUGUAGUCGUUUUCUCUGAAAUGGAAAGAUUGCAAACAGCUGGGCCUGGCUGUGAUAUGUCUCCAGGCAGCACCGGCGCGGGGGCGUUGGGGUGGGGUGGUAUUUUUGGUGAUUAGAUGUAAGGAAUUCCUUGUGGUUGUGAUGGAAUUCAGUGCAGUUGUGAUUUCAGUCGAUCCCGUCUGGUUCCCAGGAAUUAUGUGUGAUUAAGUUAAAUCCUGCUUCUAGUCUUUGACAACGGGGUGGGUGAAUCUGAACUUGACUGCCAAAGGUUUCUGACCUGGUGACCUUCCAGGGUCUGCAGCUAGGGGGUGGGAUUUACGUGGGGAGUGGUGGCCCAGAAGAUGCAUGGAGUCUGAAAUGUGUAUUCCAUGGGAUUCCCUUCUCUCUCCCUGCCCCCUCUAACUUCUCCCUGAACAGGGUGGCACCACUGACAUUUCUGGGCAACGUCAACAUAGCUGUCAAGUUCCUAUACUACUUACUGCCUUUCGAUCUCACUCUGGCUAACCAUGGAUCUUUGUAUAGGAAGUUUUGAUCAGAAUGAAUGGAGCAGCGUGCAUCAGCCGCUGGGGCCUAGUGGUUACUGGGAGGAAGUAGUCAAGCUUUCUAGGUAGCUUGGGGGGUUAUGACUCAGUUUACCUGUCACCUACCACCUGGGAGGCAGAAAUGGCUGAAUCAGAACAAGAAGCUGUUAUGUACAAGUCUUUCCAGAGGAGUUUCUUAAUGAGAUAUUUGUAUUUAUUUCCAGAUCAAUAAAUUUGUAACUUUGCA